UCAGUAUUUAUAAAGUAAGCGGAGUUCCCUGCUUCCAAACAGCUUGGAGAGAGUCGCGCAUGCACCGCUGCAGUCAUCACUCUGAACCUGGUGUGCGUCUCCCUUGGAGUGACAAUGUCAGACAGCUCGAACUGUUUCUACUGUCGGGAGGACCUUGGGGGUAAAAGGUUUGUCCGCAGCGAGGGCAGGCCGGUGUGCGUCCGCUGCCACACCAAGUUCUGUGCCAACAGCUGCGCAGAGUGCCAUCGACCCAUCUCUGUGGAAACAAAGGAGCUCAGUCAUAAGGGCCGGUACUGGCAUGAGGAGUGUUUCCGUUGUACCAAAUGCUACAAACCUCUGGCCAAGGAGCCCUUCAGCACCAAGGAUGACCGCAUCAUGUGUGGGAAGUGCUGCUCCAGAGAGGAGGCUCCACGAUGCCAUGGCUGCUAUAAACCCAUACUGGCUGGCACAGAGAGUGUGGAGUACAAAGGGAACUCGUGGCACGAUGAAUGCUUCACCUGUUGCAAUUGUAAACGACCAAUAGGAUCACUGAGUUUCCUCUCCAAAGGAACUGACAUCUACUGCAGCCCCUGCCAUGACAAGAAGUUUGCCAAACACUGCUUCAGCUGCAAAAAGCCGAUAACCUCUGGAGGAGUGAACUACCAGGACCAGCCAUGGCACGGCCACUGUUUCGUGUGCAGCUCUUGCUCAAAGCCUCUGGCAGGAUCCAGUUUCACCAACCACCAGGACCAGGUGUUCUGUGUCGACUGCUACAAGACCUCUGUGGCUAAGAAAUGCAGCGGCUGCCAAAACCCCAUCACAGGUUUUGGUAAAGGCGUGAAUGUCGUUAACUACGAGGGCAGCUCCUGGCACGAAUACUGCUUCAACUGUAAGAAAUGCUCCCUCAGUCUGUCCAACAAGCGUUUCGUAGCCAAGGGAAAGGACAUCCUCUGCACCGACUGUGGAAACAAGUAGAGAUGGAGAGCUUGGUUGUUUUCUAACAGCAGACAUCAUCAGCUAUCAUCAGCUUUUUAAAAAAUAAUAGUCAUUAUGUUAUUUGUUUGUUUUCAAAUAAAGGCCAGAGUCUUCAUUUCAGUUAUCAGUUUAUUAUCUAGUUGUGCUUUUGGUAGAUUACACAUCAAUGGGAUUGUUUAGACCAAAAUGUAGUUAAUGUCUGAUGUUGGUUGAAUAUUAAUCCUAAAACAACAUACACUGUGUUGGGUGUUAGUGGAUGACUAGCUUUGUCCUAAAAAGGGAGAAAAUGAAUUGCUCUGAAGACAAAUCCUCAAUGAUCUUACAGUAUAUGUAACUAUUUUGUAUUACUGUUUGGUAGUUUCUCUUUAACAGACUUGUAUCAAAGUAAAUAUGAUGCUAAAAUAUGAAUACAAAUGUAAUCAGGUUGAACUUGAAGAUUAAUUAUUGGGCAUAAAAACUGCUAAUAGACAGCUAGCAACAUUUUUCAACAUCAUGUCUGACUUACUCGUUCAACCUAAAAGAAUCUAAAGACCACAAGAUGUGGAACCUUCAAAAUGAGGUGGACCUUUGACAUACUGAUGUUGAAGAGAACAUUUGUCACAUAGGGAAUUCUUUUCAUUAACUGAUGAUAGUGCGAGGCGUCACUUUCACUCAACACAGUGUGCUUUAAGAAUUAUCAUAAUAGCUAGCUAGCUAGCUAGCUUGUUUUUGUUUAAGUUGCAGUUAGGAGACAUACAUUUAGGACUGUUUUAAUUGUAUUUUUUCCAACUACUUUAAGAAAAGUAUCUGCUUAUAUUACAGUAGUGGCUUGUGUAUGUUUUUUUCUGUUUGUGAAAGGUGAUAUUUUAUUAUGACAAAAUAUAGUGAUUUUUAUAAGAAAUAAUCAACUGUAUCUAUAUUAUUAGCUGCUAAACGCCAAAAGAUCACUAUGCUUAUGGUAUGUUUUAAGUGACUGAACUUUUAAGCACUUUUCAGAAAUAUUUCCUUUCUGUCAGUUUUACCUAGAAAGGGGGAAAUAAAUUGGAAUAUAUGCAAACUGCAUGCCUUAAUGUGUUGCUGAAUUAAAAUAAAGUUCCUAGA